AAGAGAGAGGGACAGAGAGAAAGAGAAGGAAAAAAACAGAGGAACAUAGACUUCUCUGAGACAUCCGUGGGAUUACUCUAAUAGUGUGUUUGGGAGUGUGUGAGUGUUACCUGUUGACUGAACUUGUGUGAGUCUGUAUGUGACUUUCCCUGGAUAUGGAUACCCCACUGACCACCCCACUCCACCUCACCCUCCUCCUCAUCCGCUCCCUCUCCCUCGUUCAUGGGGCCAUGGACUCCUGCUACAAUGACAACGAGGGUGUCCCAAGCCGCUGCAUGCCCAAGUUUGAAAACGCAGCCUUCAACCGCACGGUCAUGGCCUCUAACGUGUGCGGUUCGCCCCCGGAGGACUACUGCAUGCAGACGGGCUCAACGCGGUCCUGCCACCACUGUAGAGUGUCGGACCCGGGCCUCAGCCACAACGCCAGCCUGCUGACGGACUUCCACACGGAUGAGGAACCCACCUGGUGGCAGAGCCAGUCCAUGUUCUACGGAGUCCAGCACCCUAACUCUGUCAACCUCACCCUGCACCUCAGUAAAGCCUUUGAGAUCACUUACGUGCGGCUCAAGUUCUACACCAGUCGACCGGAGAGCUUUGCCAUCUACAAGCGAACAAGUGAGGAUGGACCAUGGACGCCCUACCAGUACUACAGCGCCUCCUGUAGCAAGACCUAUGGGAAGAACGCCAAGGGAUACAUCCGCCCGGGGGACGAUGAGAGGAUGGCAGUCUGCACCGACGAGUUCAGUGACAUCUCCCCUCUGACCGGGGGCAAUGUGGCCUUCUCUACCCUGGAGGGACGACCCAGUGCAUACAACUUUGACCAGAGCGCUGUGCUACAGGAGUGGGUGACAGCCACCGACCUGCUCAUCUCUCUGGACAGGCUCAACACGUUCGGAGAUGAGUUCUUCAAGGACGCCAAGGUGUUGCGAUCCUACUUCUACGCCAUCUCCGAUUUCUCCGUAGGCGCCAGGUGUAAGUGUAACGGCCAUGGCAGUGAGUGUUUGUUGGAUGACCUGGGGAAUCUGGUGUGUGACUGCCAGCAUCACACUGUCGGGGUGGACUGCCAGAAGUGUCACCCAUUCUAUCAGGACAGGCCUUGGGCCAGGGCCACCGGAGACUCUGCCAACCAGUGUAUGAAGUGUAACUGCAGUGGGCGAGCGGAUACGUGUGUGUUCGAUGCGGAUCAGUACCGCAGUACAGCCAGUGGGGGGCGCUGUUUAGACUGUAGGGACCAGACUGACGGACAGCACUGUGAACGCUGUAGAGAGAACCACUACCGACGGUCACCACAGGACCCAUGCAGCCCCUGUGACUGUAACACCAUAGGUUCUGUGAGUCUGCAGUGUGGUGUGGAGGGGAAGUGUGAGUGCAGACCCAGUGUGACGGGGGAGAAGUGUGACACCUGUCAACCUGGCUUCCACUCCCUCAGCCCUGGCGGCUGCAGGUCGUGUGACUGUGACCGUAGGGGCAGUGUGGGCGUCUGCUCUGUGCUGGAUGGUGGAUGUCACUGCAGGGCUAACGUGGAGGGACAGGCGUGUGACAGGUGUAAACCAGGCUCCUUCAACCUGCAGGAGAACAAUCCAGCUGGCUGUAUGCCCUGUUUCUGCUUCAGACACUCAUUGGCCUGCAGAUCGUCCAAUCACCAUGCAGCUGUCAACAUCACAUCUGACUUCCUUGAAGACACAGAUGGCUGGUCAGGCCAGUUCUCCGGGGUACAGGAGUAUCCUCUGCUGUGGAAGGAAGGGGAGGUCUACUUGCUACCACUCAGUGAGGACGACCUCGGCUUCUACAGAGCUCCAGAGAGGUUCCUGGGGAACCAUCUCCUGAGCUACGGCCAGCUCCUUUCCCUGACCUUCACGGCCGAGGCCCAGUACCUCCUCCCUCAUAGUGUCACAGUGCUCCUGGAAGGAUCUGGAACCACCCUGUCAGCUGACCUUUUACCUCAACAUGGACCUGUACACCGGCCGGGCCUCGCUCCCCAGCACACUUUCACUCUCAGACUUCACGAGGAGGAGACGAGGCUAAGGCCUUCUCUGUCUGCCUUCCAGUUCCACCAUCUUCUCUUCAACCUCACUGCCGUACAGAUCAGCAAUGCAGGAGGACACAACUACACGUCCCAACUCUCAGGGGUAACCCUGGCCUCCGCUGCCCCCUCCUCCAGCCCCGCUACCACCUCUACCCCCCCUGCUCCCUGGGUAGAGGUGUGUACGUGCCCAACUGGGUUUGGGGGUCAGUUCUGUGAGCUCUGUGCCCCAGGGUUCACCAGAGAGGUCCCUAACGGAGGACCCUUGUCUCCCUGUGUGCCCUGCACCUGCCACCAGCAUGGACCCUGCCACCCUGAGACAGGCGUGUGUGUGUGUGCCGGCUUCACCACAGGACCUACCUGCGAGCGCUGUCUGGAUGGUUACUAUGGCAAUGCGGUGAUUGGCACGCCCAAUGACUGCCGAGCUUGCCCCUGCCCGGACCGUACCAGCUGUGCUCAAAUGACGGAGACGGGGGAGGUGGUCUGUACCAACUGCCCUUCAGGACAGAGGGGCACCAGAUGUGAGAUGUGCGAGGACGGUUUCCACGGUGACCCCCUGGGCCAGUCAGGGCUGGUUCGACCGUGUGAGCGGUGCGACUGUAAUGGUAAUGUGGACCCCAACGCGCUGGGCGUGUGUGAUCACAUGACGGGCCGUUGCCUGAAGUGCCUGGGACAUACAGAGGGAGACCAUUGCCAACGCUGCCGACGAGGUUACUAUGGGGACGCCUUGGACCGCACUGUGGCCCAGCAGUGCAAACCCUGCGGCUGCAGUUCUGCAGGGACUUCUGGGUCGUUGGAGGACUGUGACCCCCAGACAGGAAGUUGUCUGUGCCUUAGUCAUGUGACCAGGCGAGACUGUGGUCAGUGUGAGGUGGGCUUCUUCAACCUGCAGCCUGGAGUAGGCUGUGAGAGGUGCAACUGUAACCCUAUUGGUUCAUCUUCCACGGCUUGCCACCAAAUCACAGGCCAGUGUGUGUGUCGGCUGGGAGUGGAGGGGCGGCUGUGCAGCACUUGUCGUAUGGGCUUCUUUGGUUUCUCCUCACGGGGCUGCAGAGCCUGUAACUGCGACCCCAUGGGUUCUAGCUCCAUGCAGUGCCACACCAAUGGCACCUGUCCCUGCCGCCAGGGCUUCGUGGGGUACAAGUGUGACCAAUGUGAGCUCAGCUACUUCCACAACAGAGCCACACACCAGUGUGAGGAGUGCCCCGUCUGCUAUGGGCUAGUCAAGGAGCAGGCAGGGAGGCUGAAGGCUCGGUUGCAGGAUUUGGAGAAUCUACUAGCACGCUUCGACUGCCGGAGUAGCUACGGGCACCAGCAUCACGUGCGCAAGUAUCACGUGCGACAGCUUCACGAGCGACAGCAUCACGAGCGUGGGCAUCAGGGGGAGGACAGCCUGCCCAAUGCGCUGGAGGACUUCCUGGCUAUCCAAGAGGCAAAGGAAGCCUUGGUUAAACAGUUUGCUCUCCUGGAGACGUCUACACACACUCUCUCAGCCCAGCUGCACACUGUUACCCCAGCUAUGAACUGUAGUGCCAGCAUGGAGGAAGAGCAGGAGGGGGAGAAGGAGGAGGAGGAGGAGGGGAAGGAGGAAGGGCGGAGAACAUUGUGCAGGACCCUGGCUGACUCUGCGUCAGUGGUCAGAAGUGCACAGACACAGCUGAAGCAGGCAACACUGGACCUAGACAACAUGGUCAUUCCUUUCGAGGUGCCACCGGUGCCCAACCGAUGGAACUCGGCGGUGAACCAAUCAGAGGUCCUUAUGAAAAGUCACAUAGAGAUGUCUGGUCGUAUAGAGUCUAUAGCUACCAAGGCGUUCAUGGCCUCCAACCAGACCUACUCUCUACUGAUGGACCUACUGGAGGACAACUCUACAGAGGAAUACAUCAGCAACCUCACAGAGCAACUGGCAGACAUGCAGCAGAUAAAGGAGAAUCUGACUGCCCAAGUCAAUUGGACUCUAGCCAAUCAACUGUCUCUGGAGGAGGAGUCUGCUGAUGUCUUGGUUGCCCUAGGUAACCUCACCUCUUCCCUAUUGGCGCUGUCCCAGAGGAGGCCCAAAUCCACAUCAGGAACCAACCAAUCAGACCCCAGCCCAACACAGGGUUACAAUCAAUCAGACCCCAGCCCAACACAGGGUUACAACAAAACAGACCCCAGCCUCGCACCGGCUGCCAAUCAAUCAAAGGAUGUUGAGCUAAGCAACAGGACAGCUGAGCUGGCGUUUCAUGUCCAGUCUAAAGAGGAGCUGGUCAGUAAAAUCAGAGAGGAGAUGAAGCCUCGCAUACAGACCGCUCACAACAACAUGGCUGCUGUAGAGGAUAUUUACAAGCUGACAGCUCAAGCCCAGGGGUCAAAGGUCACAGCCCUGUCGUCGGUGGUGACAGGGAAAGAAGUGGAGUCAGAGGCCAUCGCCCUGCGGAGAGAACUGGAAGACAUGCAGAGAGAGUGGCCUCGAAGGAAGGCCCAGACCAAGGCUGCUCUGAAGAAAGAGACGCUGCUGAGGGAGAAGGUUCUGGAAGACGUCAAUAAGAAGGUGAACCAGACAGAGAGAGUCCUGAGGCCUGCCCUGGACAACGCUACCCUCUCCAACGCUACCGCAGAACAGGCAGAACACACUGCACACAACCUGUCUAAAGAGGCCAAGGCCACCCUGACCAAGGCCAAGCACGCGAGGACAGCGUCUGCCCAGCUCAGCUCCUCUGUGGACAAAGCCCUGCAGCAGCUGGCUGAGCUGGAGAACCACACUGCCCAGGCACAAGCCCAACUCAAUGUAGAGCCUGUAGAGUCUCUGACCAGUGUGAAGGGGAACAUCCAGUCAGCUAAGCUUCAGCUGGAGGCCUAUUCACUCACACUCACACAGCUCAUCGGUAACAUGGAUGGGAGCUUGGCGCUGGAGCAGUUUGACCAUAUCCUGAGCGAGACGGCGGUGCGGUUAGGUGUUCUGCGUGGCAGCGUGGAGAGCCCUGCCCUGAGCGUGAAGAUCCAGACCCUAUGGUCAGCUGCCCAGGACCAGAAGAGCCAACUGACCCACCUGGAACAGGACCUGAAGGAGAUCAAACAGGAGAGAGACAGUCUGAAGGACAUUGCCCUGCACCUGCCCCAGACCUGCCCCCAGGUCUCGGGGAUAGAGGGACACUAGGACGGGGACUCCAGGAGGACACUAAAGCCGUAUUCCAUUCAUUCUACCCCCUCCCUGAAGUGCACACACUUGUUCACUGAACCUCAAUGAUUUAAAAGAGGGUCUACCAUGUUUCUUACACCAGGAAAAUUGGAAUUGGGCAUAGGAAGGCUGAGAGGAUUCUAGAAGGUCACAGAUGGUGGGUAGGACUCAGAUAUUUGAAUGCUUUAGGGAGAUAUAUAACUGCAUCCCAAAUGGCACCCUAUUCCCUAUAGUGCACUACUUUUGACCAGUGCCCAUAUGGCUUUGGUCAAAAGUAGUGCACUAUGUAGGGAAUGUGGUUCCAUUUGGGACACAGCCAUAAAGGAGAAGUGUAGGUGGCAUCCUUCUCAAUUUGUUCUUGGUGUUACUGGACAAUACUGUGAUUGUGGUUGUGCAUCCCCCUCUACUGCAGUGCACAAUCACACAGUUCUACCACUUUGUCUCUGUACUUUUCAACUUUUCCACUAUACUUUUUUGACCUGGCUGAUACCACUUCAGUACGACUAUCCAGUCAUAGGCAGUUUUCCGUGCCCUUGCCCUCUUUCAACUUCUACCAUCAUCAUCAUGCUCUUUCCUUUAGUUCUACCCCUCAGCCUUUUUCCGUUCCUCAUCCCUCCUCUCUCCAUCCCCCUUCCAACUCCACAUUACCCCUGCCCUGUCGCCGUAGCAGUGAUUUUCUUUCUCAUUUCAUUUCCCCCUGUAAUAUUUCCAACAACAUCCGCAGUGUAAUUAAUCUGUGAAUAUUAACAGUCAGCUAUUUAGCUGCCUGUUCCACAGCCCACAGUGUGUUCUGUCAAGUUUAAAAUAAUGCUGAUUUUCCACUUUGGGGGUAGAAGGUUGUGUCUGAACUGCGGUGCUUCUCCAAUGUGACACAUUCAUUUACACUUGAGCAAUUUUCAUCAGCCUACCAUAAUUAACAAUUAGUCAUUUUGCCCUCCAUAUGGUUCAACUGCACACUCACACCACACACAUACAUACACACACACACACCACACACACCACACACACACACACACACACACCACACA